GCGGCGGGCGUGGGGAGAGCGCUGAGGGAGCCAUGAGAGAGUACAAAGUGGUGGUGCUGGGCUCGGGCGGCGUGGGCAAGUCCGCGCUCACCGUGCAGUUCGUGACGGGCUCCUUCAUCGAGAAGUACGACCCGACCAUCGAGGACUUCUACCGCAAGGAGAUAGAGGUGGACUCCUCGCCGUCGGUGCUGGAGAUCCUGGACACGGCGGGCACCGAGCAGUUCGCGUCCAUGCGGGACUUGUACAUCAAGAACGGCCAGGGAUUCAUCCUGGUCUACAGCCUCGUGAACCAGCAGAGCUUCCAGGAUAUCAAGCCCAUGCGGGACCAGAUCAUCCGCGUGAAGCGGUACGAGCGCGUGCCGAUGAUCCUGGUGGGGAACAAGGUGGACCUGGAGGGCGAGCGCGAGGUCUCCUACGGCGAGGGCAAGGCUCUGGCCGAGGAGUGGAGCUGCCCCUUCAUGGAGACAUCGGCCAAAAACAAAGCCUCGGUGGAUGAGCUGUUUGCCGAAAUAGUGCGGCAGAUGAACUACGCAGCGCAGCCCAACGGCGACGAGGGCUGCUGCUCGGCCUGCGUGAUCCUCUGAGGCGUCCGCGGUUGCUGAGCGCUGGCCCCGCUCUGUGCACAAAAGCCAAACGCAUCCGACUCUAAAUGUGAUUUCUGUUCUUGCUUUGAGAUUGGAGACGACUUUGUAUUGGUCGGGAUGUCCUGGGAGCCCUACUGGCUUCCUUGGCCAGCAUCCCCUGCCUUGUUCACCUCUUGUUCGAGGGGGUUGUCCGGUCCUGACCAUCUGAUACCCUGGUGGAAAUGUGGCUCUUUGCAACAUGUACGUUUCUCAUUGAUGUUUGGUUGACGCAUAUUUCCCCAUUUAAGUAGCCAUUAGGGCGUUGUAUUGGCAGCUUGACACCCGGCAAGCAAAAGUUUCAGCUUGGAAAAAAUGGGGUUGGGAGGUGGGGGAAGUGGAAGGGAAGGUGGAAAGGGGGGAAUCCCCCCUCCAUCUUUUGUUGUCAACAACUGUUUUCUAUUUUCAAGUUUUACACACGUCGAAGGAAGUCCGGGAAAACCGUAUGAAGGAGCAGGAGGAGAGGAAGAAACUUUUGUUUUUUCCCUUAUUUUCCAGGAAUAGCUGGAAAUUAAAAUCGGGUUCCUUUUCUACCAGCUUGGAAGGGCAACCCUGUGACUGCGAUUCUGAGGAUGUCUAUGCAAAGUUGGAUUCUUGUUACAGUGUAUCCAAUCUGAAGUAUUGCACAUCUGAACUGGGACUGUUAACACUGAUGCCAAUACAGUGUGGGGUGCCAGAAAGUGUCUGCUGAUAUUUGUGGAAAAAAUCUAUUUUGUUUACCUACUGUAUCAAAGGGGAGUCUGGGGGAGAAUGGUAGUAUUUUUUUUUAUCAGCUGUGAAAAAAAAAUGUUACAGAUCUGCACAGUUUUGUGUGUACUAUUGUGUGUGUGUGUGUUUUUUAAGUUUAGCUUUCUUUUUCUUUUGGUUGGUGGUAACAAUUUUAAAGACUAGCUUUUAAAAACACAAUACAAAGACUUUGUAAAUGUGAUUCAGGGCCCCCAGCACCCCUGUGUCUGCAGAGUGCCUUCAAAACUCAGCUGUUCCAGCCGGUGCCAACCUGUGAACUUCCCACAUCCCAGAAUCUGCUAUUCCCCAAACCACUUCCCAGUUUCCUUUCAGUAAUCUUCCUGAAGGAGCCAGGACAAUAGGGCCUGUUGUUUAGUGAAUUUCUUUAUCAUUUUCCGCAUUUUAAAAUGUCCAUGUCUUGCAAUAUUUUUUCCUUUUUUUUUUAACCUUUGUUCAAAUUUCAGGUAUUUAGUUCCCCUUUUAUAUUACUUUUUAAAUGUUUUGAUUAACUCUCAGAGGGUAUUCCUCCAGAAGAAGCAAAGAGCAAAAUUUCACCAUUGUGAUGUAUCAAGAAAAUUCUAAUUGUAAUUUUUAAUUCCUCUCAUUUAAUCAUUGUCUCUUCAUUUUAAGACUUUUAAUACAAACGUCAUUUUUAAAGAAACAACCCCAGAACUA